AUGCGAGUAUCAGUCCGAACCUCCCUCGUGUUGGUAGUUUAUCAUUUGCACUCUUACAAGGCCAUUGCCAAGGCACUUUCUGAUCAAGUGCAAUCGGCAUUAAAAGCAUUUCUGGUGUCAGUUGCUUGCCAAACCAGGUUGAUUCAUCGCGGAUUUACAACAGCCGAAGCUGAUAUCAUGUUCAACGAGAUUUCCCCCAAUGAUCCUUUUCACCUUGCUGUAAUUUUUUUAACCGAAGGUGAUCCUCAAGGAGGCUGGUGGCACACCUCGGCACAUGGCCAUCAAAAAGACUCAACCGUGUGUGAAGAAGAUUUUCUCAGUACGUGCCUAGUAAAUCUUGAAGAUGUUGCAGAACGGGCCGUUACCGCUCGCAUUUUUGGAGUGUCCUGUGGCUACAACUUGAAAGUAAAUGGCACGAUCAAUUCAAUUGUCAGAUUUCUCGAACGCACGCCUUACCAGUCUUUUGUUACACCAAGCACUAGCUCACUCUUGAUGUGCGACUAUAUCCCCAUCUUCCCAGAGAUUUUCCUCAAUCUUUACUACUUUGGGACCGCACUUGAGCCAGCUCUUUAUCGUGUAUGGGGCAAGUCCAAAGAAGCAAGGUCGCACACGGGACUCAUGCUUUUUACCCGAUCACCUGAAAGUGUCGAAAUGCAAGUGAAAGCCAUCUCCUAUGCACCCAUCGCCUCUCGCCCGUUGGGAGUCCCGUUACCAUUACUACAAACUAUCUGCGGGUGCGAUAACGAUGGAAUGAAAUGGUCUUUCAAAAAAACAUUUGUCAACGGGCUAGAGGCCAUAUUUAUUUACCGUGCCCCAUGCUGCCAGGUUGAGUUACAGGUCGGUAUAUAUCCGGGUAACCGUCAAAAAUUUGUGCAGCAUGAGAUGCAUUUCGUCGUUGAAAAUUGGGAUCGUGAAAGUGACUACUUCACCUUCAACGACUCCGAUAAUGUAAAGAUGAAAAUUCUUCCUCCACGCUUCGAUGGAAAACCUAGCUUGGUAUGUAGAGAUCGACCAUGGACAACGGCUGGGAUAAAUGCCGCCAAGAUGGAGGAACAGUUUGCAGAAUACAUGAACGUCAAUACCAUGUAA